AAUUUUAGUUCCGCUAAAAAUGGCAGCGCCCUUAACCAAAACAUUGUGUGUCUUUUGUAGAUAUAGAUCUAGGACAAACCAUAGUUUAGUGACUAGCAAAACGGCAAACAUUUUCGAAUCUAAAUUUGUUAGUAUAUUACAUGGCAAGAAAUAUUCCAUAAAGCCAUCAACAAAAGUAUACACAGUUUCUAAAUCUAAAAAGGUUAAAGAAUCCAAUCGUACUGAUGUCAGUGAUGAGAAACAGGCCAAGGCGACCAAGACCAAGGCUGGGGCUAUUCCUUUAUUCAACCAAAUACUUGAACAGAAGUACAGUGAGGCACGUCGGAGCAUUCUUGUGAGGACUUAUAAUGUUGAAAACACCCUUGAUUUACUCUCCACCUAUGGUCGUGUUAGUCAUGCUCAGCUUAUAAUGCCUGAGAAGUCCUUUCUUUUAGUUGAGUUUUCCAAUGAGAUCAAUGCAGUCAAAGUACAGAACAGUUCUCAGUUAUUUAAUGAAGCCAACCAGUUUCCUAUGAGAACAAGAAUACUAUGUGAUACAAAAUCUCACCUUCCCCUUAAGAAGAGAAGACAAGUGCCAGAGGUUUUAGAUGGAAGUUACGAUAACAAGAUUUCAGAGGUCUAUCCUCACUUACCAACAGUUGACAAAGAAAUAGAGAUGUUAUGUGAGCGUAGGUUGUUGGAUGAUCAAGACUUGAGACUGAGGUUUUUUGCUUGCCUUGUGAUAGAAGACAUGCUGCAGUCGGUACUCCCAGAAUCCCGUGUGAUCCCAUAUGGUUCCUGUAUGAAUGGUUUUGGUUGGUGGAACAGCGACUUAGAUAUGAUGAUAUGUCUGGACAAUGAAUUGAAGACUUCACACUAUAAAGGCAGUACUGGCAACCAACAAGCUUUGAAGUUUUUAACAGAGAUAUUUAAUACAGAGCGCCAACUAGCUCAGCGCACCUUGUCUUUUGUGGCAGCUUUAUUAGAGCUGAGCCCCCGAGUCAACAGCAUGCUGAAAAUACUCGGAGCACGUGUGCCUAUUAUUCGAUUUAAACAUAACGCUUUAAGUCUUCCCUGUGACGUUAGCCUCCAUGCAGUGGACAGCAUUAAGAUGACUGAGCUGUUGUACUUGAUGUCAGUCUGUGAUUCACGGGUCAAGCCUCUCUUGUGUGCCAUUAAACAAUGGGCGAUAGCUCACAACUUAACCUCCAGCGGAGAGCAACAGAAACCAACGACCAUUGGAUUUAUAAUGAUGCUGAUCUUCUUUCUACAGACACGAACUCCAGCUGUACUCCCUACCUUCAGACAACUUCAAACAUUGGCCAAGCAUCCUUCAGAUAAAUUCUUUAUUGAUGAUGUAGAAUAUGGACUUCCUAAAAAUCCAUCCCUAAUGCCAAUUUCAGAAAAUAAGGAAUCACUUGAAAACCUACUUCUGGGCUUUUUUGAGUAUUACUCUCAAUUUGACUUUGACAAGAAAGCCAUCUCAAUCACAGAAGGCGCAACAUUUGAAAAACAAGCAGACUCUCGACCAAUUUACAUUGAAAACCCUCUCUCAGUGAGCUUAAACAUUUGUCAAAACGUUGGCAGCAGUCAGCUCAGUGAGCUAACCGCUGCCAUGAAAGAGGCAGCCUUGAAAUUGAAAUCUGCUCACAAUGAGCCAAACAGGUCAGCACUGUCCAUUUUAUUUGAGACAAAUGAACCUCACCCAGUAGUUGAAGCUGCUGAUUUAUUUCGUGAAAUAACACCUGAUCAAGCUACAGAUAAUCAAUCAGGUUCUGUAGUAAAUUCUGAAGUUGUUCAUUAACUUUAUAUUGUAGAGGUCUGUAUUGUUAAAAAAUAUAUGAUCUUAAAAGCUGCAGAUUUAUUGAGUUGAGAAACAUGUAAAAGAAUCUGAUUCUAAAGUUAAUGAUGGGUAUUCAAUAACUCAAUAUUUAGUUAGCCUAUAUGCAUCAUGUAUUUUGUAUAUGAAGCUGCAGAUUUUAUUCACGAAAGCUAUUUCUGAUAACCAAAAAAAAUCCGUCAGAUUUUUAUAGUAGAUGCUUUAAGUUAUUUAACUUAAUGAUGUGAUUACUUUCUAUGAAAAUAAAUCAUGUUUGUAUGGAAUAAAAUGCUGUGUUUUCA